AUGACAUUCAAAGGAAAUUUACUAGACACACUUUUCUAUUCUCAUACUGUGAGAUUAAAAGCUUUUCACUCAAGCAUCAAACUUAAUGGUCCGAGGAUUAAGUCUUCUGGUUAUUAUUUGUUAUACAGCCAUCUGGCAUUUGUACCACCGGUAACGGUUAAAAAAGACUAUAAAAAUAAUUCAAAGUAUAAAGAAGCGUUUUUGUUUGGGCAGCAAAUUUAUUCAAACCGCGAUAUCAUAUUAAAGCAAUCCGAAAUAACUUGGUUUCACUGGUUUCCUGAAAAUGAGAAUGAUAAUAAUAAUAUUGUUCAUAAAACACAACAAAACGCUCACCGUAAAGAACCAUCUUCAUAUUUUGGUUGCGGAGACGACAGAGGAAGUUUCUACACGUCAAAUUUAUUUGGUUUGGUGUAUAUAAAAAAAGGUAGUGUGAUAAAAGUGAUGUCCACACCUGCCUCCUGGUUGUGUCGAUCCAAGAAAGCUUCAUACUUUGGUUUAAUCAAAUUUUUUGAUUCUUAA